CGAAGUCUGAAUCACGAGUCUCAAUCAUUCAUGGUUGCACCAAUGUGACGUGGCAUCAGUUGACGUCACCUCCCUCCACCUCUUCUUCCGCGAGACGCCUUUGAAAUGUGAUUUGCUAUCAGAGCCGUCAUUGUUCUGAUCACGUCGACAACAUGCCUUCACGUAAUGGCAACGCAAGCCAAAGAUCCAUGUCUUGCUGAUCCAUCUGCUAAGGUAGCUGGCCAGCUAGCCACAGUAAGUUGUUUGAUGGGACGUUGUUCAAAAAGAGAGAAGACACAAACAAUUGCAUUCUUUUUCUGUGGGAAUAUUUUUCUGCCGUGAUGAUGUCUCUUCGUUCGGCCGCAUUGGCCGUGGUCUUGGCGGGUAGUGCCUCUGCCUUCCUGAACCAUGGACUCCAACAACAAUCUCAGCAGUCCCACAAGCCAGUGGCAUUUGCGCGUUCAUCAGUUGUGGCUUCUCCCUUGUGGUCGACUGUGGCGAAUGAAGAAGAUACCACCACGGACGAAGAGACAGCUUCCGCGGAAUACAACAAGUUAAUGUGGCAACCCACCGAUAGCUUCAAGGAAAGCACGACCAUGUACAAAUUUCAACAAUCCGUGGGAAAGACUGAAUCGUAUCAAGACUUGUGGAAAUGGAGCGUCGACAACAGUGACGAGUUUUGGGUCAAGUUGAUGAACUUUUUGGAACUAGAGUACGAAGGCACUACUAGUCCUGUCAAGGAAGGAACCGUCAUGCCCGAUGUCACAUACUUUCCCAACCUAGAGCUCAAUUUUGCACAAAAUCUACUCCGCUAUGCACGAAAUGACAACAUGAAGAGCGAAGAAGCCAUUGUCAGUGCGAGCGAAGCACGCGACACCAAACGUUGGACGUUUGAAGAACUGGAACAAGACGCCAGUCGAGUGGCGGCAUCAUUGCGAGCUUUGGGUGUCACGAAAGAAGACGCCUGUGGGGCCUACUUGCCCAAUAUUGGAGAAGCCAUUGUGGCCAUGUUGGGUACCACUUCGACGGGCAGUAUUUGGACUUCCUGCAGCCCUGACUUUGGACCGCAAGCCGUCGCUGAUCGGUUCUCACAAGUCGCUCCCAAGGCGCUCUUUGUGGUGAAUGGUUAUGUCAGUAAGGGAAAGAAAAUCAGCAUGGUGGAUAAGGUGGAGGAAUUGGUCGAGUCGUUGCCGUCUCUGGAACGAAUCGUCGUAUUGGAACUUUUGGAUGGUGAAGACAAACCCGAAUGGACCUCGGACAAAGUCAAGGACAUUAUGGUGACCUGGGACGACUUUUUGGCCGAGAACAAUGACGAGGACGGAGCUGCUCCCGAACCAGAGUAUACAGCCGUGCCAUUUGCGCAUCCUCAGUUUGUGCUGUACAGUUCAGGAACCACGGGCAUGCCCAAAUCAAUUGCUCACGGGGCUGGCAACACACUCUUGCAACAUGCCAAAGAGCUCGUCUUGCAUUCGGAUUUGAGAGAAAAAGACCGCAUGCUCUUUUUCACAACCUGUGGAUGGAUGAUGUGGAACUGGAUGGCAUCCAGUCUCGUAGCUGGAGCCGCUGUUGUCACGUUCGAUGGUUUUGCCGCCUAUCCCAAGUUGUCGUCGCCAUGGGAUUUGGUAGCCGAUGAAAAGGUGACUCACAUGGGAACCACGCCGCGCUAUCUACAGUCUUGUCGCGCCCGCAUCCGACCCGGCGAAAACAACGACUUGGAAGCACUUCGUGUCGUCUUGUCGACGGGAUCGCCAUUGGCACCCGAAGAUUUCGACUAUGUUUACGACAAGGUCAAGAGUGAUAUCAUGUUGGCAUCCAUUUCGGGAGGAACUGAUAUUUGCUCCUGCUUUGCGUUGGGAAACCCUAUUUUGCCCGUGCGACAAUCAGAAUUGCAAGCUUUUGGAUUGGGGUUGGAUGUUUGUGCGCUGGAUAGAGAUACCGGAGACGCUGUGAUUGGCGAAAAAGGAGAAUUGGUCUGCAAAUCACCCUUCGUGGCCGCUCCUGUUUGCUUCUUUGGUGAUGACGGAAACAAAUCAAAGUACCGUGGUGCUUACUUCGAAGCCGGCAAUGACGACGAAGCCUAUGACAGUACCGGAUACUGGUACCACGGAGACUUGGUGGAAGUCACCGGCUCCGUAGGUGAUUGCGGUGGUGUUGUCAUCCAUGGACGUUCCGAUACCACGCUCAAGCCCGGCGGUGUCCGCAUUGGAACUGCUGAAGUCUAUCGAUUCGCCGAGGCCGUCGAUGUCGUCGAUGAUUCCUUGGUGAUUGGAGAUCAAAUCACUUCUGGGAAGCGUGCUGGGGAUGUUCGCAUUGUCCUAUUUGUGCAACUUGCCGAUGGCAUCGAACUGGAUGCAGAUAUCGAAGCCAAAAUUAGAGAGGAGAUUCGCGACGGCGCUUCCAGUGCCCAUGUACCUGCUCUGAUUAAGCAGGUGGAAAAGAUCCCCUACACCAAGUCCGGCAAGAAGGUUGAAUUGGCAGUGAGAGAUCUGUUUGCUGGAAGGGAACCCAAGAACAUGGGCGCACUACAAGAUCCUUCAGCCUUUGAUGAAUACCGCGCCAUGGCCGAAAAGGGCCUUUAGGUUUUCCAGAAGAAAGAGUUUUGAGCAAGACGCCAAUAAACUCUGGAGCUAUGCAUACAUGAGUUGAUAGAUGAGGGCGCAUUUUUGGAACACACACAGAUAGAAAAUAAUCUCAUUUUAGGAGGAACCAAAUCACCCCAAACGACAUCUAUCAGGUGUGAUUGGGCCAGUUACAAGAGUCCCCAAAUCUCUAGAGUAAGUACGGUACAGUUAAAGAAUCCGGGAUGGCUCCAGUUGCUGUUGUUGGUGCUGGACAUGGGCCUGGUGUUGGCUCAGGCGUAGGGCCACAAGUGGCACAAAUGGGGCGCAGUGAAGGGCAGGCCGACGGGCAGUUUGUAGUGGCAUAAUUUACUAGCAGCUCGAUAGUUCACGAGUGGCUGGGCCUUGGCUGGUGAUUGGUGCUUGUCCAGGUGUUGGGCAUGACAUUGUCCAGCACUCCAGAGUUGGUCGAGACAUUUGGGUCCAGCAUUCUGGACCAACGUACGCUGCUGUCCUUGUGAAGCUUCUGUCUGGCUAAAGAUAGGCACCUACAGGCUGAGGCUACCAACAGCCGGCAAUCUUUUUGGGAUCGAAGAUUGAAGAAAAAUGAGCUGCUGCGAGGUUUUCUGUUUGUUCGAUGU